UCAUCAUCUCUCAUCCCAUCAAACUCAAAUCUCUACCGUUGGUAAUGAUCACAUAACUCAUUCUAUCGUGUACCUUAUAAACACAGAGUCAAAACUCCAACUUGCACGUGCUCUGUUCUUUACUCAGAGGCACGCACGGCAGUUUCCUCCUAAUUCCAUUGGUACGUGACUUACAAGCGGUGUACUUGUGCGUUGUUCUUGUGUGUUCUAAAAAUAUAAAUUUUUUUUAAAAAAAAAACACAACAUAAAGACGUUAGUCACCGCUGCUAUGAACAACACACAACACAAGACGAGCACGAACGAAACGUACAAAAUCUAACAACGGUUUUCAUACAUCACCACCGCUAAAGCCGCCGCCGCCACCACCGCCACUAGAAACACCACCAACGACGAAAUGGCUGUUACGCAACCUGGGCUGGAGAAGGAGAGUGAAUUAACAGAAAAGGAGGAAGAAGUAGAACGGAAAAAUGAAGGAAAUGAGGGGAAAAAAGAGCCAAAGGGGGAGAGAGAUUUGGAGAAAGGAGAGAUAAGUUUUAAACAAAAGGUGAUGGAGAGUAAUAACGUUAAUGAUGAAGAUCAGAGAAAUUAUCAAGAAUCUAUGCUGCAGAGAUUGAACCCAUCAAAUCCUUUGAGAAUCGUAAUCAAUAGUUCUACUAGAGUUGCUACUGCUUCUCCUUCCCAGACUUCUCUGCCUCUCUCUGCACCAACCCCACAACCAUCAAUAGCAACACUCAAUUCAAGAAGGUAUACCAACAAAAUAUCUUUGUUUCUGUUUGUGCUGCACAUGGUUCUAGUUUUUGGGCUUGUAUGUUUUCUUGUAUUCAAGGGAAUUCAAGGACUUCUGGCAGCAUCAGAUUCUGUUAAAAGAAAAGAGAAGAGAAUAUUGAAGUAUUUCCUCCCUCAAGUUGAAGUGGCAUCUCUAUUGAGCAUUGCUCUUGCUUUGGCAUGGCAAAAGGCAAUUAGAGUAUGGCCUAGAUUCAUGGUUCAUUUCAUAUUAUGGUGCUCUUUUUUCUUGUCACUAUCAGCUGGAAUUCUCUUAAUUUGCUUCCAAAAGGCUCCCACUGAUGGUGUUGGAAUUUGUCUUAUUGUCUUUGCAAUUGGUAAUGGCUUAUAUGCUUGUUGGGUUUAUCAAAAAAUCAAGUUUAGUACUAAAGUCUUGAUUAAAUCGCUUGAAUCAGUUCGAAAAUUUGGUGAUUUGAAUCACCCAACUUAUUGGGUUCUUGGGGUUGGAUUCCUAUGGAUGUCUAUGUGGAUUUUAGCACUGAUUGGAGCUUUGAAUUUCUACUUUCCACCAUUGACAAUUAUUGCAUUAGUAUUGAGCUUGGCUUGGACUGCUGAGGUUAUGAGGAAUGUGGUUAAUUUGACAGUUAGUAGGGUAAUCUCUCUGUAUUACCUCAGAGGAAUGCAAGCUAAUACUAAAUUUUGUUUCCAAAGAGCUGUAACUCGGAAUCUGGGAAGUGCUUGUCUAGGUUCUCUAUUUGUGCCAGCAAUUGAAGCACUGAGAAUCGUUGCUCGCGCUCUGAAUUUGCUCGAGGGAGAGGAUGAAUUCAUGUUUUCUUGUGCUCAUUGCUGUCUUGGAACUAUAGAGUCCAUCUUCAGACAUGGCAAUGGCUGGGCCUUUGUACAGAUAGCUGCAUAUGGAAAAUGUUUUGUUCAGGCAUCACAAGACACUUGGGCACUGUUUCAAAGACAAGACAUGGUAACAAUUGUUGACUCUGACAUUACCAGCUCAAUUUUUUUCCUUGCUGGAAUUUGCAGUGCCUGCACUUGUGUCAUUGUUGUAGCCGCUUGGACUGCUAAAGUGCAUGAGCCCUUCACAGCUACCAUCUCCCUUCUGGCAUUCUUCAUUGGAUACCUCAUGACUAGAAUUGCCAUGGCACUGCCACAUGCUUGUGUGAGCUGCUACUAUGUUUGCUAUGCAGAAAAUCCUGAGAACAGAUUGUUUGAUAAAACCAUCAAAGAUCACCAGAACUUGACGAAAUCCUGAGGCAAGAUUUUUCCAGGAAAAACACAAGCUAUAUGAGGCCACAGCUUGAACAUACUGUAAAAAAUGAACCAUGGCUAUGGUCACCUUUCAAUGAGGGGUCCAAGGAUCCUGGAUUCAAGCCAAUCAAGCUACAGGUAAAUUUAUCCUUUAAUGGAAGGUGGACCUUCAAUGUAAAACUCAACUUUUAUUGGAUGAUCUUGAUCUGGGUAGGACUUUUAUGGAGAGCAGACUGGGAUUCAAACCAAGAAAGCUACAUGUUUCUAUUCUACCCUUCUGUGUCAUUUUGCAUAUACUUUAGGAUUUUUCUUAGUUAAAAGCUCCUUAGUUCAGUUUUAGUAUCUGUUUUGCAAUCUUUGAAGCUUGCAUCUCCAUGAGUUGUGUAUUGUAAUAGACACUUUCUUCCUUUUAUCUUUGUUAAGAAAUUAG